AUGGAUACCACAACCUACAACCACAAAAUGCUGACUAUACUUGCAGACAAACUCAACUAUCGCAAAGUCAGCAAAAGUGAAGUGUUAAAGAGUUUCAAAAGGAUAGACAGCACACUGAUGGAAUUAGUUAGAAAUUACGCCAUUUCAGGAGAAGAGUUUGAAUUCAUGCAGGUGGAUUCCCCAGAACUUGAUGAAAAAGAAGCAGCCCAAGCAGAUGAAAAUAUUUGUUGUGACAAAGAAACAAACACACCUGCAUGGAAUAUUCGUUUGCGAGAUAAUGACAAGGCGAAAGAGAAAUCUGAAUCUCUGAGUGAUAUCAGCUUGGACAGGCACACAUGGAACAGUCAUGCUGAUGAAGUAUUAACACAAUUGGAUUUAAUUCAUUACUGUAAAAUUAAGCUUUCACUGAGGAAUGUUCUAGAAAUUAGUGCUGAAUCUUUGGAAGGGCGUGCACCAGAAUCUCUAAAACAUCUUCCGUGGUAUUUUCUUAGGAAGAUAAUGAGAUCUGAUUCCAGUGCAGUCAAUAUAAAAUGUAGCUUUAAUAAUGCCAUUGAAAAUCAUGUGUGGGAGUUGGAAUCUGAAAAUAUUUUUACAACUUCUGAUUUUUCAACAUUUUCCUGGAUCCACCCAUUAGAUGUAAUUGUGUCAGUGUUUCUCUGUUCAGAUGCUCUGUUACAACAGGAACUUAUGGUAAAAAUAGCUUCAUGUCAGCUUGCAUUACCGCUGUUACUACCUACAUGGAACAACAGUUGCACAUUCCUUCUGUGGGCACUGCACUCAGUUAUAAAGAAGUGGAACCCAAUAGGUGGUACUGGGUUCAAGGAAGAAUGUGUGGUUUCACUGAAAUUUCCAACUUUCUCAUUUCUAAGGAUAGGCAACAUCAGUUUGUCAAAGUCUAAAACACUGAAUGACUUACUUAGCAGCAAACAGCAAUAUCAGAACAUCUUUAUCCAUCACCAGAUGGACUCUGCAGAUUUACCCAGGAAAAUUUCUGAAGGCCUUGCAGAGAUCACAUGGUACUUACCCUGCGACUCUGAAAGCAUUGAUGUUUUCACACAACCAUUUCAGAUAAUUAACCUCCGUGGUGAUGGCCAGACAGCACCAGAACAAGUUAAAUUUUUAACACAAGUCUCAUCAGCUGUCUUUGUGUUCCUUGCUGAUAUUACAGAGUCAAAACUUCGGUACUUGCAAGACUUUGCACAAGGCAAUGCACAGCUCUAUCUUGUAUUAACCUCAGAUGUUACAUCAGAGUCUUCAAGAAAUUUACUAAUGACUUUUGCAAAAAAGUUUUGUUUGCUCAAAAAACAUGUAAUUAUCAAACACAAGGAAAAUGAUUGUAGUUUUACAGAAAAACUUCAGUUCACACUACAGUCGGCUGUGGAUCAGUGUGACCAAGGAAAUAUUUUAUGUUUAGAGGACAUGAUUUCUGUGGCACGGCAUUGUAACAUUCACAUAGAUGAAGAUGAUGAUAAAAUUAAAUCUACAAAGAAAUUGUCUGAAAACAUUAUUGAUUUUAUUAAAUAUGAAGAUAUAUCACAGUUCAAAUGCAGCAAUUUCAGCUUUCAAGGUGAAACCUGCAAGAAAUUGUCAAAUAUUGAAAAGGAGCAAAGCCGUUUAAAAAACUGCUCAGGAAAUGUGGAAUGUUAUAACACAAACUUAGAAAGAACAAAGAGCCAGUUAAGACAAGCUUUGUUACAAAAAGAUCUUCCUGAAAUUAUGAAAAGCUUCAUUCACAAUCUGACUCAUUUAUCUGGGACGGAAAGACAACUUUUUCUUCAGUGGAUGAAGCAAAAGUUAGAUUCUCAGUCUCGAACUAAAAUGUCUGAUUUAAGAUCUCAGUACAAGAGUACAUAUAAAGCAUUAAUCAAAACAAAAACAGAGGCAGAAAUAAAACAAAAACAAACUGAGCUUAAAAAGAUAAAUGAUGAACUCAGUACUGCUUCACUAGGGCUAGAACAUUUCAUGCGUGAAGUGGGACAGAUUUAUGAAACUCUGAUAACUGAAAAAGUUGAAUUGUUUAAAGGAAUUCCAUCUAAUGACAUUUUAGCUCGUAAAGCUGCAGAAUUAUUGUUAGAUGGUUUACCACUGGAACUUCUUAAUGGAGAUGCUGGUACCAUACCAACACGCUGGGUUAAAGCUGUUCUAAACCAAGUUUCUGCACUUGUAGGAGAAGAUAAACAUGUGUUUGUACUGACAGUGUUAGGUGUACAAAGCACUGGGAAGUCAACUUUGCUGAACACAAUGUUUGGGAUGCAGUUUGCUGUGAGCAGUGGGAGAUGUACAAAAGGCGCAUUUAUGCAGUUGAUUAAUAUCACAGACAGCUUACAAUCACAGCUGGGCUAUGAUUUCCUCAUGAUUAUUGAUACUGAAGGAUUAAAAGCCCCUGAGUUACAGAGUUUAACGGACACCUAUGAACAUGACAAUGAACUGGCAACACUAGUGAUUGGAUUAAGUGAUAUGACUUUGCUAAAUAUGUCCAUGGAACAUUCUUCAGAAAUGAAGGACACAUUACAAAUUGUUCUACAUGCCUUUAUCAGAAUGAAAGAGGUUGGAAAGAAGCCAAUUUGUGUCUUUGUUCAUCAAAAUGUUGGUGACAUCUCUGCUUAUGAUCAAAACCUGAUGGCUCACAAACUUCUAAUGGACCAGUUAGAUGAAGUUACAAGAGCUGCAGCAAAAAUGGAAAAAUGUGAGGGAAAAUUUAAUAAAUUUACUGAUAUUAUGGCCUUUGACACUGAUACAUCCAAGGGGUAUAUUGCAGGCCUUUGGCAUGGUUGCGGCCCUAUGGCAUCUGUUAGUAAAGGAUACAGUACAAGUGUAUUUAAUCUGAAAAAGGCCUUAUUUAAAACCAUUCAGACCUGCAAUAAAUACAAGCCAACAUUUAAUGACUUCUCCAAACUGAUCCAUGAUACCUGGAAUGCAGUAAAAAUGGAAAAUUUUAUAUUUAGUUUUAAAAACAGCUUAGCAGCUGAGGCCUACCAUCACCUUACAAUGGAAUAUGCUGACUGGGAUUGGGAGAUGAGAAGAGCUGUGCAGGAGUGGACAAUGCAGGCUGAAAAUAGAACUGAAGCUUCUGAAACUGACAUAUAUAGGUCAUUAAAAGCAGAACUCGAUGAACUGGGUACAGAAAGAAAAACUGCUGCACUCGAGCAUCUGGAAAAGUAUUUUAAUGAUAACACAGAAAAGGCAAAACUUCUUGUAGAAUACAGACAGAGAUUUAUUAAUAGCACUGAAAAUCUUGCAAAAGAUUUUAUCAUUUCUGCCUCACAGAGGUGCAAAGAUGCAGAAGUGAGGAAAAAAAGCCAUAAGGAAAUCGAAACUCUAAAAGCAAGUUACAAAAUAAAACUUGAAAAGUGCAUUUUUAAAAAAUUGGAAGAAUGCAAACAACAUAGCUCUAAACUAAAUGAUGAGCAAUUAUUAAAUUUUUUUAACAAAAUGUGGGAUAAUGAAAUUAGUUCUAUUUCAUUUCCUCAGUCCAAAGAUAUUAAUAUCGAGGCAGAUAUGGAGAGCUGUCUGAGAGAUUAUGUACCAGCAAUGUCAGCAGGUGUAAACAAAAAAAUGAAAGAAGUAAAAGGUAAAUUGUACCAUUUCUCAGGUGUGAAGGAUAUUGUAAUAAAUGUAAUCAACUUUAUAAUUGCUCCUGUUAAGAACAACACAGAUAAAAUAAUGGCCCAACAAAAAGCUGUCUCAGUAGAGGAACAGUGUGGCAUGUUUGUAGAUAGCAUUGUGUCACAAGAUAGAGACUAUGAUCCUAGUGACUGGUAUUCACUUUUGCAUUGCAUACAUAAAAAUAUUACAGAACAGGAAACAGACAGGUUUUCUUAUUCAUCUGAAUUUAUUUUGGAAUUUAGGUUACUUGUAUGUACUUCUGCUCUCCCCAAAUUUAAGGACAUGCAUGAAAAGUUUGCUGAAAAAAAUGACCCUCUAAAACUACUUGCUAGAGAGAGAGAGAAGUAUUUUUGCCUGUUUAAGGAACUGUACAAAACUAAUGAUAUAAGCCAAACAAUGGCAGGAACUUAUGCUGAAAACUUUCUGAAACCAGCAAUUAUCAAAGCAAUUGAGAAAAGGCUGGGAUCUGACAUUGUUAAUGACAUGAAAAGCAGCUAUCCUGGGGGAGAGUUUAAAACUAGAAUGAUUUUUCAUGUAGCAAUUAUGUAUGACUUGCACAUUAAAAAUAAUUUUGAAAAUUACUAUGAUUUUAUUUGUAAUAGUACAUUUUAUGAAGAGAAGUGGCUACGUGACAGAACAGUACAGCAUUGUAAGAAGAUAAGUAAUGGACAAAAUAAUGGACACACCAGACUUUUUGAACUGGCCAAUGAUAUCCUAAAAAUGUUAGUUAAUAUGCUGAGAAAAGAGAUAAAUGAUAUCAAAGUCAAGGAUGAAGACAUUAAUAAUGUCCCAGUCAAGUUUCACUGUGAAACGGUAGUGGCAUUUUUCAAGAAAAUAAAGGAAAGAGUUCAAAGCCAUCUAGUUAUACCUUCAGACAUGAACACAUUUGCAUCUCUGACUGAUCCGAAGUGUUUUUUAAAAUAUUUGGAGACUGACAUUGACAAGAUUCAAAAGGACAUUGAAGCAGAAAUUGAUCAGUGGGAAGUUGAUACAAAAAUAAAAUCACUGCUCUCCUCACCCACUGAAGUGCUUUAUGACACAUUAGCUGGAUGUAGGAAGUAUUGCUUCUGGUGUGGGGCCCCCUGUGAAUGCACCGAACCUGGUCAUGUGACACACAGUACUAACUAUCACAGACCACAGGGAGUAAAUCGUUAUAGGUGGGAAAAAUCAACAAAGUUAGUAAAUGAAAUCUGUACAACACUUGUUGCAAGCAACUGUCGGUUUCGGAACAAGGACACUAAUCGGCAAUGGGUUCCUUAUAAGGAUUAUAAAUCUGUUAAUGAUUACUACAAAUCUUGGGACAUCACACCAGACACAAGUCUAAUAGGAUCUUCUUACUGGAAGGCUGCAUUCUACAAGUAUAAUGAACAAUUUGCAAAAGAGUACAAAUGCUUACCUGGUGAUGUUCCAUCUGAAUGGAAUUUUGACUGGAAAGUAGUUUGCGAAGAUAUGGAAGAAAUUUACAAUGUAUCAUUAGACAGUUUAUGCGUGUGCAAGUAGAAACAUGUAACUAAGAAACAUGGAUACGCACAGUAAAUGCAACCCAUAUCCUAUAUAAAAGGCGGUAACUUGAUAGUAUAUCUGAAAAAUAGAAAUUGUCUGUUUUACAUUUGUUAUCCACAAAGAACAGCAAAGGUAGUGUGCUAGAAAUUAUCUGCACAGCAUUUACAUGCACUUAUAUGAGCUAUGUAUGUGAUAAACAUUUGUAUGCAACAUCUAUGUAAAAUGUAGUGUUUUUAAAGUACUUUAAUAAAAAUUAGAACAAGUCACAUAUUGAGGUAACACAAAAGUGAAAUCAAUUAACCUUUCUGUCUGACCAGAGUAUGGUAACUAUUUGUUGAGCUGAAAGACAUAUGUUGUAAAAUAUUUUAUGUUACCUAUAAACCUUGUCA